AUGCCGCCCUCGCCCUGCGCUCUCUGCAGCGUCAACCGCGCGUUGAUCCUGCGCCCAAAGGACCACUCGCGCUUAUGCAAGACGUGCUUCAUCGCCGUCUUCGAAACCGAAAUCCACCACACCAUCACGACUAAUUCCCUCUUCCACCGCGGCGAAAAAGUUGCCAUUGGCGCCUCGGGCGGAAAAGACAGCACUGUGCUUGCCUCCGUUCUCAAGACACUCAACGAGCGCUACGACUAUGGCCUCGAUCUCAUCCUCUUGUCCAUUGACGAGGGAAUCAAGGGUUAUCGUGACGACAGCCUCGAAACCGUAAAGCGAAACGCCCAGCAGUACGAUAUGCCUCUGACUAUCCUUGGAUACGCUGAGCUGUAUGGAUGGACUAUGGACCAGGUUGUAGAGCAAGUUGGUAAAAAGGGGAAUUGCACCUACUGCGGCGUCUUCAGACGACAGGCCCUGGAUCGCGGCGCAUCAAGACUCGGCGUCAAGCAUGUCGUCACAGGACACAAUGCUGACGAUGUCGCCGAGACGGUGUUGAUGAACUUACUGCGAGGCGACCUUCCCCGUCUGUCACGCACCACAUCCAUCGUUACAUCUACACCAUCGGCAUCCUCUGACCCUGCAUCCAACACAAACAUCAAGCGCAGCAAACCCCUCAAGUACGCAUACGAAAAGGAAAUUGUCCUCUAUGCUCACCACAAGAACCUCGACUACUUCAGCACCGAAUGCAUCUACUCCCCCGAGGCCUUCCGAGGCAGUGCGCGCGCUUUGAUCAAGAACCUCGAACGUGUGCGCCCAAGCGCCAUCCUAGAUGUGGUGAGGAGCGGAGAAGAUAUGGCCAAACUGGUACCAGGCAGCGAUGAAGGUUGCGGAGGUGCAUGUUCAAGCAGUGUGCCUGUCGCUGAAGAAGAAGAAGGCGGGUGUGGAAGCGCUCAAGGGCGCAGUACCGGUGGCGAGAUGGCAAGUGUCGAAGCACAUCUAAGGCAGAAUGAAGCCGCUGCGGAUGCCAGCCUUGAGACCGAAAUCACGACAAAGAGUGUUGCCCGUGGUGCAAACCCACAGGGCCAACAAUCUGAUGGCUCUGUCCCGCCUCCCAACGGCAAGAAAUCCAGGAAGGUCUACACACCAAAGAAAACGAACAAGCAGGUCAUGGGCCAGUGCAGCAAGUGCGGAUAUCUCUCUAGCCAAGAAGUCUGCAAAGCAUGUGUUUUGCUUGAGGGACUCAAUAAGGCGCGGCCAAAGAACAAGAUCGAGGUUGGCUACGAGGUCCAAGACGUCAGCUUGAACAGUGUGCGCGACGAACUCGAGGCAGCAACCAUUGCGGGGGAAUGA